UAUCCAUUUGAAUAAUACUUCUCCAUAGUUAUCAUUAAAUAUUAAAUUUCAAUUUGAAAAUCAUACAUAAUAAUCAAUAUGGUAAAAAUUUCUAAGGUGGUCGUUAGUGGAAUGAAGGGAGUAGGAAAAACAACAAUUUUAGAACAAGUUAUAUAUGGUCAUGUAAAUGAAAAAUUGGAUUUGCAUCCUACUAUUGAAGAUAUUUAUGUCGCUAAUAUAGAGUCUGAUAAGGGCACAAAGGAAAAAUUGAGAUUUUAUGAUACAGCAGGUAUAGAAUACUCACAAAUUUCUACGGCACAUGGAAUGACAAACCAACAGCUCCCAAGGCACUAUCUACUUAUGGCAGAUGGCUAUAUUUUGGUUUACGAUACAUCAAAAAGCUUUUCAUUUGAUGUACUGGUUUCAAUAAAAAAAGAUAUUGACAAAAAUAAAGAUAAAAAGGAGGUUACUAUAAUUGUGGUUGGUAAUCAUUUCAAAGAAGCAACUGAUGAGGACACUGACCAUAUCUUAUCCAAGGUUAAUCAGUGGUGCACUAGAGAAAAAAUUAAGCAUUUCACUGUAUCUGCUUUAAGAAGACAAACUUUGUUUGAACCUUUUGUGUAUAUUACUAGCAAGUUAACACCACCUCCCAGUAAGAGUAGUUUUACACCUUUAUCUAUGGGAAGAAAAGUUAUAAAAGAUUCUUAGAUAAUAGGCAU